AGCCGGGACCUGCAGGGCCCGGGGGUGGCGGAGUCUGGAGCAGAGCGGCCCGGGAAUCUCGGCCAGGUGUGCCUGCCCUCUGCCCACGCUCAGGCUGCCCAGGAGAGAACCGCGCCAGGAGCCACUCCCGUGGCUGAGGACGGGAGGGGGCCUCCAUUGGAGGAGAAGGCCCGCAUGAUUGAGACCGCCUGGCCCCCUGGCCCCGCCGCCACCCCCCUGCCCUCGCCGGCAGCCCAUGCGGCCGGAGCUGCCAUGGAGCACUCCCAGGAGGCUGAGCGGGAGCUGCGCCGGUCCACCAGCCCGGGCCGGGCGCCCCCGCGGACCCCCGGCGAUGACCGCUCCGGGGGCUACGGCUGCUGCAUCUGCGGCAAGAGCUUCCCUUUCCAGAGCUCUCUUUCGCAGCACAUGCGGAAGCACACGGGCGAGAAGCCAUACAAGUGUCCUUACUGCGCGCACCGCGCGGCUCAGAAAGGGGACCUCAAGCUCCACAUCCGGAGCCACCGCGCCGGCGCCGUGAGCCAGGGCCCAGAGAGCCAGGGCCACCAGAACCAGGGCCCUGGGAGCCAGGGCCACGAAAACCAGGGCCACAAGAACCAGGGUCCCGAGGCGGGGGUUGGGGAGGUGCAGCUUGGGGACACGGGUACCGCCGAGGGGCUGGGCGGCUGUGCCAGCCCCACCAAGAGCACGUCGGCCUGUAACCGCAUCCUGGACGGCGCCGGCCUGGCCGAGGGGAAUGGCCCGGUGGAAGGUGGGGAGGCCCUGGUGAUCCAGGGGAACUGCAUCCCCGCCGAGUCUCAGGGCUCCCCUCCUCCAGCCCCGGGGACACAGCCUGAGGGUCGGGAACCACAAGUGCCCGGGGCCGGGCCGGGUGACCUCAGUGCUCCCCUGGAGGACAGGGUGCCGGGAGAGCCUGGUGCAGGUCUGGCCGGUGGGCGGGGCGAGCCGGGCCCAGGCGAGUUCCCAUGCCAGGUGUGUGGCCAGGCCUUCAGUCAGACCUGGUUCCUCAAGGCGCACAUGAAGAAGCACCGCGGCUCCCUGGACCACGGCUGCCACAUCUGCGGGCGGAGGUUCAAGGAGUCCUGGUUCCUCAAGAACCACAUGAAGGCCCAUGGCCCCAGGGCAGGGGGCAAGAGCCGGCCCCGCACCGCCUCUGCCACCGGUGCCACCCCCGUGGCUACUAUCAAUGACGUGGUGCAGGAGGAGGCCGUGGUGGUCGGCCUGGCCCUGUUCGAAGUCUGCCCCAAGUGCGGGAACCUGUUCGCCGACGUGGACAGCCUGAGGGCACACAGGGUCGUGCACCGCCGCGGGGACGGAGCCCAGGCUGCGCGGGGCGGCGGGGGGACCCCGGAGGGCCUUGACCCCCAGCGGCUCUUCCUGCGCCGGCUGGACCUGAGGCCGUGCCCCGGGGAGCUGGGGGCAGUGGGGGUCCCCCGGGGGCCGUCGGGGAAGAGGGUGUCCGAGCUGGAUCCCGUUAACAGCUACCAGGCCUGGCAGCUGGCCACCCGGGGUAGGGUGGUGGAGCCCGCCGACAGCGGGAAGGUCCCAGUCUGGGAUGAGGCCCUGACGGGCGCCGACGUUUCUUAUGACCAGGACCGGCAGGAGUUUGUCUUGGCCGGCCAGGACCGCCGCAAGCGCGACCGGGAGAUGGAGCCGGCGGCGCCCCCGGUCCCCGGGGCGCGGAAGAAGAGCUGUGUGGGUGGGGCACGGGGUGAGCGGGCUGGGGGAGCCAACGGCGGCCUCCAUGGCCCCGGGGACCCCGACUCCGACUCCCGGCGGGCGGCCCGCCAGGCGCGACGGGCAGCGCAGAACAAGUCCAGUGAGUGCUUUGAGUGCGGGAAGGUGUUUCGCACCUAUCACCAGAUGGUGCUCCACUCGCGGGUCCAUCGCCGGCCGCAGCGUGGGGGCGUCGGGGGCAGCGAGACCCCCGCCCCCCAGGACCACUCCGGCUCCUCCAGCGAUGAUGCCGACUCCGCUCCAGGCAGUCCCCCGGCCAGCCCCGGGGGCUCGUCCCGAGACAACGAUGAGGACGAGGUGGACGACGACCGGGACGGUGAUCAGGAUGAGUGCGACAGCUCCGAGGAGGGAGGAGCCGAGCCGCCCUCCCCAGGAGAAGAGUCAUUCUGCUGUGACCUUGAGGCCGGAAGCACUGUGGUACAGCUGCCCCGUGGGGACCGAGUCCUCCCUCCCGGGACGGGCGGCACCCGGGCCACCAGGGCGCCUGAGCUCCACCCUGGCCCCGAAGAGGAGCCGGGCCACCCCCCCAAGGAGCAGCGAUGCCCUCCAGCCAUCCAGCCGCCAACUCUCUGUCCCUGGCCUGGCCUCCCGGCCCCCCAUCCCGCCAUAGCCACCUCCCCGGCACCUCGGACUGGCUCGCCCGCUCCUCUGGAUGCCCCGGGUGGCCGGCCGAGAGCUCAGGGCCGCCCGGCUGGGGAGGGAGAGGCCCCGAGGCCGGAGCAGGGUCCCCUGGAUCUCAGCGGCAGGGGUAGGGGUGGGGGCGGCCCCGGUGGGAAGGAGCGGGCAGUCUCCCCCCUAACAGCCCUGCCCGUCCACCCGUGCCCAUACUGCAGCCACAAGACCCUGUACCCGGAGGUGCUGUGGAUGCACAAGCGCACCUGGCACAGGGUCAGCGGCCCCGCCGUGGCCCCGCCUUGGACUCAGCCCCUCGGCGCCAGGAGCGUCAGGAACCACGUGGUGUUCCUCGCACGAAACGGGCGCACCGGCCCCCCGCCGGCCCUUGGGGGCCGAGAGUGUCAGCCGUUACCCGUCGCCCGCUUUGCCCGCACCAAGGGGCCCGGCAGGCCGCUUGGAACCGAAGGCAUCUCGGGCUCAGAGCCUCUGGGCAAGGCGGGGGCCGCGGUAAGGCGGAGGGGUUCUGCCACAGGGGCCCAGCGGGGGCCGUGGUCGGCAGACCUUGACGGCGGGUCCCGGCCCCCCAAACUCAACUGGCCCCAUGCAUCGGGCAGCCCGGCCCCACCUAGAUACGACCGCACCCCCAGGCUGCCCCCAACGGGCUUCGGCCGCGCCGGUCCCCUACCAUCUCCCAAGUCGCUGGGAAAACCUGCUCCCUCGGGCCGGCGCGGGGCCUUUGGGUUCCGCCCUCCGUCCCCGGGCCCAGCUGUGCCAUCCGCGAAGCCCGAAGUGCCCCCGCCUCUGGCUGCCGUCCACGAUCCCAGGACGCCAGACCCUCGUGGUGCAGGAGCCGGGCGCAGCUCCCUAGCACACAGUCCGCCUACUCCGCCCAACCACGGCCCCCAGCAGGAGCUGACCGCGGCGGACGGCUGUGACCGGCACGGCGGCAUCCUGAACCUGUUCAAGACGUACCUGGCCCAGGACCUCGGCCCGUGGGGGGGAGGCCGCCCGCAUUCAGACCCCACAGGGCCCAGGCCGCAGCCGUGUCAGCUUGGCCCGCCAAGUGCCUCCCCGAGAGGGGCUCUGAAGACCCCCGUGCCGAGCUCCCAGCACGACCACAGCUCAGACCCCGACCCCUGGCUCCAGCCCUCUCAGGACCGUGACCCGCCCCACCCCAGGGACGAGCAGCUGGAAGGUUUCCCUGCCUGCCCUCUGGGGUCCCAAGCCGCUGUGCACGAGUAGAGGCUGGCUGGGCUCGGCCACAGCUGGAGGGUCGCCCGCCCUCCCCGUGCACACCAUCUGGAGCUGAGCCACAGCCCAAGGCACCCAGGACCCCGCUGGGCACUGUGAAUGGCUGGUCGGGGGGGGGAUCAGGGCACCUCCUUCCCCCCAGACCCCCCAGCCCUGGAGUGCUGUGCCCACGCAUCGAACAAUGAGAACAGGAGCUGCAGGUGACCCUCCGCACCAUGUGUUCAGCUCUGCUUUCUCCCCUCACCGCCAGAGCAGGAGGCCACAGCUCUGCCACUGCCCAGCCGCUUUUGGGGGUGGGAUUCCAAGGGUUGGGGGCAGGAUUGGUGGGGGGGCAGGGCUUUAAAUACCUCUUCUGCGGUAACUUUUUCAAUGCAAAUGUCCUGGUGGGGCCGAAGCCACGUAACAACGAAAAGGGUCUUAAACCGUGCACAGUGUAAGCAGUUGAAAUGUAUUCCACAGGCCUAAACGUACGUUAUCUUCUCGUGGCCGUGACACUGUGUGUGACGGUAAUAUUUCUGAGCGUUUCAGAUCUUUGCACAUAUGGUUUUAUGCAUUAUCAAAAGUCACUUCUGCCUUGAAAGAAAAUGUUCUGGGAAAUUUUUUGCAAAAGCUUUACUAGGUUUUGUUUCUUUUUUUUAAUUGUGACGUUUUUGUAAAGGCAAUGGAUGAAAAACUAGCAUGCAAAAUAUAUUUUUCCACAAAGCAAUAAUUUUACAUGUACAGAAAUGAUCCUAACCUUUAAUAGCGGCAUGGACAGCCAUGACUUAACAUGAUAAAUAGAGACUAGGGGCAGUUUUUGUAGGAAGCCGUGUUCAGGCACAGAUAUUUGUUUUAAAAAAAAAAACAACACCCACAAAACAGCAAAAACCCCUGAGGUGUGGUUUUCCUAUUCUCAUGAUUUGGUGGUGUUUUAUUGUUAUU